CUCCCGACAGGCUCCGCGCGCUUUACGCGCCAGCUUUGGCCUUGGCCACCGAGCAGCGGAAUCGGCGGCGGAGAAUGGAGAGUAGCGAGGAGGCAGCAGUCGAGAAGUGCCGCGUCCACUUGCGCCCCGGCACGCUGCGCGACGCCGCUCGCGCCACGCUGCAUCUUCUGCCUUGCGAGGUUCUAGUUAACCGGCCCGCCCCCGUGGACCGCUUCUUCACCCCAGCCAUUCGACAGGGUCCCGACGGACUCGAAGUGUCGUUUCGGGGCCGCAAACUACGAGGCGAGGAGGUGGUGGUGCCUCCUGGCCUCGUGGGAUACGUGAUGGCGAUGGAGGAGCAGGGAGAGGUGUCGAUGGAGAAGGACUUCUCGGAGGGUGACGAGCGAGAGGAGCAGGAGCGGGCAGAACCCCGCGAGGCGCUGGAGCGGGACUUCGACCAGUUUAUCGGAGCCAUCGCCAGUUUCAGCCGCUUCACGCUAUGGGGUCUGGAGACCAUUCCUGGUCCGGACGCCAAAGUGCGCGGGGCCCUAACCUGGCCCAGUCUGGCCGCAGCGAGAGCUAAUGAGCAUUCACUCUUCAUCUCUGUGCUGUGGAGGGUACUGAAAGGAACAGCUAUAAUCCACCUGGAGAAAAACUCAGGAACCAGGGAAGUGCAGAGAAAAUGACAAGAAAGGCAAGUGCCUGAUUUUCAUCAUUCCAGACCAUAUCUCCUGGGUAUGUGAGAAGGGAAGGCAGCCCCCACGUGUGGUCUGGGCCUCAGGAUGUCUGGAUUUGCAGUCAAGUCAGUCCCCCUAGCUGUGACCUGGGGAGCAUUGGCUGCUCCAGGACCAGGCUGGCCUGACUAGGUGUUGAUAAGAAGCAAGGAGAGGCACUAAUGUACUUCCCAGGUCAGAAGGCGGCCAUUCCACAGCAGGUAACUCACCUCUCCAGAGGCACUCUCCGACUGCUCUGUCCUCCUCUACCCUGCUGAUUACUGGGCACUAGCAGGCAGUUCCUAGGGAGCCCCUCAGGCUGUGCAAAAUCCUAUAUGGCUUCGUGUCUCUUGGCAGAGUCUUCAUUCUCUCCCUCAGGGUCCUGGGGUGUCCUUCAUUACCUCUAUAAGCCCUUCUUCACCCUCAGUCACAGCUAUGUAGGCUCACAGCCCUUUUUGCCUACCCCUCCCAAUCUUUAUCAGCUAGUCUUGCCCAAUCUUCUGUGACUUCCACCAAGCAGCCUGCUGGGGAGAGGGACAGAAAAGCUCCUGCUUUAGAGAAAGGAAGCCUGGAAGAGGAAGGGAGCACACCUGGGUCCCUACUUGACUUUGCUGGGCCUGCCAGUGCAUGUGGGAUCCUGCCACAUCAGCCUCCCCAGCUGCAAGGAGCUCCUGGCCCCUCCCCAGUGAACAUCCACCUGCCCUCAAGAACUGCCCGGAAUGGGCACUCCCAGUGCACCUGUCUGCUCCUGCUGGGCAGAAGUGAGCACAUCACAUUGGUGUCCUUGCCCACAUCCUAUCUCCAUGGAGGUCUGAGCUUCAAGGCUUGGAUUCAUUUUAAGUAUCCGCCCACAUAUCAGGCUGAGGGCUUCCUGAGAAUGUGACCCCAUCUUGGCAUCAUUCUAUUAAUAAAAUAACUCAAAUGGAUCAUGAC